CUGCACUGCCUGGGCCGGGAGCUCCCGGCUGGGCCCCACGCAGCGCCGGCGAGAUACCGAGCUAGCCGCGGCCUGACUCCAGCGCUAAGCCCAGGGGUACCGGCAGCUCGGCCCCACACACCCCGGCUGGGCUUUGCUCGGGAAACCCGCCGGGCGCCCAAAAAGAAAGGUGGCAAAAAAGCCAAGGGAGGCAAAGCUGCAGCGGUGGUGGAUGCUGUCCCCCCGGAGGACAUGAGCAAGGAUCAGCUGGAGGAGCACAUUGUGCGUCUUCGGGAGGAGCUGGACCGCGAACGGGAGGAGCGCAACUACUUCCAGCUGGAGCGUGACAAGAUCCACACCUUCUGGGAGAUCACCCGUCGGCAGCUGGAUGAGAAGAAGGCGGAGCUGCGCAACAAGGACCGUGAGAUGGAGGAGGCCGAGGAGCGGCAUCAAGUGGAGAUUAAAGUUUACAAGCAGAAGGUGAAGCACCUGUUGUACGAGCACCAGAACAACAUCACAGAACUGAAGGCAGAGGGCACUGUGUCCAUGAAGCUGGCCCAGAAGGAGCACCGCACCCAGGAGACGGAGCUGCGCAAGGAUAUGCGCACCUUGAAAGUGGAGCUAAAGGAGCAGGAGCUGGCCAACGAGGUGGUGGUGAAAAACCUGCGCAUGAAACAAGAGGAGGAGAUCACACGGCUGCGCAGCGACUUUGAGAGACAAGUGAAAGAGAUUGAGGCCAAGUACGACAAGAAGAUGCGCGUGCUGCGGGACGAGCUGGAUCUGCGGAGGAAAACGGAGAUUCAUGAGAUCGAGGAGAGGAAAAAUGGACAGAUCAACACGCUGAUGAAGAACCACGAGAAGGCCUUCAGUGACAUCAAGAACUACUACAACGACGUCACCCUCAACAACCUGGCACUCAUCAACACUCUCAAGGAGCAGAUGGAGGAGAUGAAGAAGAAGGAGGAUCACCUGGAGAAGGAGAUGGCGGAAGUGCUGCUUCAGAACAAGAGGCAAACAGAGCCCCUGCAGCGGGCCCGGGAGGAGGUGGCUGAGCUGCAGAAGAAGCUAGCCCACUACGAGAAGGACAAGGAGGCACUGGCUAACACAAAGGCCCGUUUGAAAGUCACCCAGAAGGAAUUAAAAGACCUUCAGUGGGAACAUGAAGUGCUGGAGCAGAGGUUCAGCAAGGUGCAGGCAGAACGAGACGAGCUCUAUCAGAAGUUCACCAAAGCUAUUAAUGAGGUGCAGCAGAAGACUGGCUUCAAGAACCUGCUCCUGGAGCGCAAGUUGAAGGCCCUCUCCAACAUACUGGAGAAGAAGGAGGUGCAGCUUAACGAAGUCCUCUCAGCCUCCAAUCUCGACCCCAGCGCCCUCACCAUGGUCACACGCAAACUGGAGGACGUGCUGGAUUCCAAGAACAACACCAUCAAGGAUCUCCAGUACGAGCUGGCCCGAGUCUGCAAGGCACACAACGACUUGCUGCGCACCUAUGAGGCCAAGCUCACAGCCUUCGGCAUCCCCCUGGACAACGUGGGCUUCAAACCACUGGAGACCACAGUGAUGGGACAGACGCUGGGGCAGGGCCCAGCCGGACUUGUUGCUACCCCAACCUAGCACUGCUGGGCACGUGCUUGUCCAUCACCUCUUGGGUUACACUAAAUAUUGUCAGCAGCCUCCCCACGGGCUCCUGUCCCAGCACCGCAGGGAGCGGGCUGUGCUGUGGAGCUGCCUCAUUAAACAGACCCCAGAAAGGUUUUUAA